AUGUCUAACCGUUUCCAAGACCACUGUCUGAGUAAGGCUUUCGAAUUAUUGGGAGUCACCAGAGGACCGCUUACAAACAACAAAAAAGCUAAAUGGUGGCAGCCAAACGUGGAAGAAAAAGUGAGAAAUAAGAAAAACCGUUUUAAGAUCUGGCAAAAAAGCGGCAGCGAUGAUGAUCGCGAAAUCUAUCGCAGAGUAAAAAAAAGAGGCGAAAAGGAAGGUUGCUCGUGCUAUGGCGACCUGUGA